AAAUGGUUGUAUCUAGAACUAAAACAAGUCUAGAUACAACCAUUUUAAGACAAGUAUUUCCGAACAGAGGGAGUACACACAUUGGGUACGCUGGACAGGUCAUAGCAUGUAAAGUUCAUGAUAUGAUUCUCGAUCUAAUCAGACUCAUGUCGGAAGAAGAGAAGUUUCUUAGUGUGGUAGAUAACCUACAGGGCAUGAUCUCAGCAUUGCAGAGCAGGGUUCGUCGAAUGUCCCUUCAGUUGGAUUCUGGAGCUAAUGAAGGCACAGUACAAGCAAGCUUAAGCAUGCCACAUAUUCGAUCUCUUGCUCUUUUUGGCAAGUCUCGUUUCAAGUUCUCUAUGUAUGAACUCAAGUCCAUCCGAGUUCUGAAUAUGCAUUGUGAGGGUGGUCGCAUGGCUGAUAGGAUUGACCUCACACCAAUCUGUAAAUUGUUUCACCUCAGAUAUUUGAGCAUCAAUUCGAAAAAAAAGAAGAAAAAUAUGAGCAUCAGCAGCCCGAAUGAACAGAUACCAAUCCUUAUCCUGCCAACCCUAAUUGGGGACCUAAAACAUUUGGAGACUUUGGAAUUGCAUAUGGAUAUUACUGCCAUGCCAUGUGAUAUCAUUGAUUUGCCUUCCUUGUUGAAUCUACAUGUUCCUAUGGGAACAAGGCUACCUGAUGGAAUUCGUACGAUGAAGGCCCUACGUACUCUGGUGAACUUUGAUGUGCACAUGAACUUGGUGGAUAAUUUAACAGGUCUCGGUGAACUUACAAAUCUCAGGUAUCUUGAAUUUUGCUGCGAUAAUGCUGAACGUACCACCAGCCAACGGGGAAUUCUUAUGGAUACUUUCUGGUGUUCUGUGGCCAAACUUAUCAGGUGCAAUCUGAGACAUCUUUGGUCCAGUAGUAACAUAUUUUGUCCUCCAUGUGUUGAGUUGGCUUCUCUGGUCACUAGCAAUACUGAGAGUAAUCUUGUGGAACUCCAUGUUGCAGCAACUUGGACGUUUCCGAGGGUUCCAAUUUGGACCGGUCAGCACCGAAAGCUCUCAAAGUUGGGAAUUGCUGUUGAGAAGGUGAUGCAGGAGGACAUUGAUUUGCUCGGAAUGUUACCUAAUUUCCUGCACCUGUGGUUGUGGAUACGAAAAUUCCCGGAAAUAAGGAUUACCAUCCAUGGUGGUGAGGUGACAUUCCAGCUUCUCAAAUAUUUCAGAAUCACGUGCUUUGCCCCGUGCCUAACCUUUAUGGCAGGGGCAAUGCCCAAACUCCAAAAGUUGGAUCUGCAAACGCAUGAGCAUGGGGUGGAGCGUCAUGGCCCCUCGACAAUUGAGGGCGUGGAGCACCUGCUGACACUCAGGCAAGUCGACAUUGAUAUUUACUUUGAGGGAGCUGAUACAGAGUCACAAAGAAGGGCGGCGGACGCCGAGGCUAUCUUAAGGAAAGCCAUCCACGUCCAUCCAGGACAUCCGAGCAUCAAGAGCAGGCUUCAAAGUAACAGAAGCUCUUUUAUUCCGGUGGCAGUUCUGAGGGGGGCGAUGAGGUGGAGAGGCAACCGGACGAUGCAGUUGAUCGAUCUGCCGAGGCAGCCACACAUGCUCCAUCCACCGUUGCUGAUGGACGAACAGGGAAUUCACAGCAGGGGCCGGAGCCGCACAAAACCAACAUGCAUGGAAUAGUGCUCAAGCUCUCCACAGAUUUCGCACUACACAUCCGAUCCAAGGAUUCAUUUCAAGUGUGGACCAUUUCGAUGGUAGGAUAGAGACCGAUGCUGUGGCGUUUACCUGAUCCUCUGCUUCUGUUAUGACCAGCGGUGGUGUAGAGGCACGCCAGCACUGACCUGAAGAAGCUGAAGAGAAAACAGAGCAUUGGGUAACAGCACCACGGCGGCCUAAUCUGGUCAUUAAAAGAGUAUUAGGUAGACGGGGUAGUUUGACAAAUUAGUUCUGGACGCAAUACCCCUGUAAAUUAGUACAGGCCUAGUGUGAAGAACUGUUCUAUUUAUUUUUUACAAGAGUGUAAUAUUACUGAACUGCCAAGCAGUACU